AUGGCAAAUGUAGAUCAACAGGAUUCUGCUCGUGUAAUAAGGGAUAUUUGGGAAUUGAUUGUUCAGUGCCGAGAUGUUUCCAAAUCACUUCAAAUAGUGCAACAGUUUGUUCUGGAAGAGGAACAUGUAUUUCUCCAAAUUUAUGUAAGUUGCCAGUUCAAGACUAGUUCAUUAUUUUGCUAUGGAAAAAAGGCUUCCAAGAGUGAUGCCUGUUCUGGACACGGAGCAUGCAUCGACAUGGACGUGUGUAAUUGUGAUGAUGGAUAUUAUAGUGUGGAUUGUUCGAAGAAAUAUUGUGGCAGUUACAACUCCACAGAUACUAGAGCUUGUUCAGGAAGAGGCUCGUGUGGCAAUAAUGGAAUUUGUACUUGUCAAUUAGGUUUUUAUGGAGACGAGUGUGAAAAGGAAGGAUCCAAUUCGAAUAUUAUUACAAAUACUAGGAUUGAUCUGUUUUGUAAUGGUUUGAAUGCAACUGAUGAGAGCGUUUCAAAUCAAAUUUGCUCUGGAAAUGGAAAAUGUAUUGGAACGAAUACAUGUUCAUGUGAAUUGGGAUAUUCUGGAUCAGAUUGUGAAAAGAUUUCAUGUUAUGGUUUGGAAAUGGAUCAUGAAUAUGUAUGUGGAGGAGUUGGACAAUGCGUGUCGAUGAAUCAAUGCUUGUGUCCACAUCCAUACGAUGGACAGGAAUGUGAACAAGUCAAAUGUUUAGGAAAGAACAUGACACUUUACAAUUCAACUGAUUAUUCAAGAGUAUGCUUAGGAAGGGGAAAUUGUUCUCAAUCAGGAUGUGAAUGUCAAUUAGGAUUCUAUGGAGAUGCAUGCGAAAUGUCAACUUGUUUUGGAUUGAAACAAAAUGAUUCAUUGGUUUGUUCUGGACAUGGACAAUGUAUGGAUCUGGACAUGUGUGAAUGUUAUUCAUCUGCUCAAAAUGGAUAUUGGUUUGGAGAUGACUGUUCAGUUUGUGAUCCAUUCCAUUCAGGAGAUAAUUGUAAAAGUCAAUUAUCAUGUUCAAAUGAAAUGACAUGUAAUAAUUUGGGAAUUUGCUCUCCAGAUAAUUCAUCUUGUUCAUGUUCCAGUGAUGUUUAUGUAGGAAGUUAUUGUGAUGAAUGUAAAGAGAAUUACUUUGGUCCAUCGUGUCAAGUGAAUUGUGUUUCGAAUAGUACUUGUAAUGGAAAUGGAGAAUGUUCCAGAGAUGGUUUAUGUGAUUGUUAUCAUGAUUUGGAUCAUGGGUAUUGGACGAAUGGUACUUGUAAUGAAUGUCUAGAUGGAUAUUAUGGAAUGGAGUGUAAAACUCAUGUCAAGAAUUCAAAAUUUUCAUUCGAUAAAUUUGGAUAUUUUGUAAAGUUUACAAUAAUAGCUCCAAUUGCUACACUUUUCAAAAUUGAAACCACAAUGAAUCCAAUUUGCAACACUUUCUUUAACUCUCCAAGAAUUGGUCAACUUCCAGUUUAUUGUAAUUUUACAAUUUCAUCUUUAGAAUAUUUAGAAGGAGAAAUGGUUGUUCAACUUCCUUCAGAUUCACAACUAGUUCCAGGAGAUGAUUUACAAUUCAAAAUACUCCAUUUUGAAGAUCCCUCUUCCAAUCAAUUGAUAAGAAUCCAAUCAGAUCCACAAGAGAUUAUUCCACCACUGCCUUUCAUUUCAACUCUCAAUUCAACAAUUACGUACGAAUCAAGCAUUGCACUGAACGCGAUCAAUUCAAGAAAUGAAAAGUUGUAUGACGAGAAUUUAUAUUUCGAAUGGUAUUUAUUUACUAGCUCAUUGAAUUCCAUUCAAGAAAUUUCAAAUCUGAAUCAAUCUAUUCAUGCAAAGAGUGGAACGAAUGCAAAAUCCAUUAAAUUGACUAAUUUACCAGUCGGUAGUCAUGUGAUUCAGUUGAAACUGAAAAACAGAUUCAAUGUUUGGAGCGAAUCAGCAUUUUUGAAUAUAACAAAAUUAUUAGAUAGUUCAACAAGUAGCUCAAGUCAAAACUCAGUUCCUAUAAUUUCAGCAAAGAUUUUAUUGAACACAAACCCAUUCUACUAUACCACUGAUUUAGUAACAACGCUAACUCAGUCAUUCAUUAUCAAGAAACAAAUUACCAUUAAUGGUAUUGAAGUCAACCAUCCAACUGUGAAAGUUGCUUGGGAAGUUUUGAAUUCUGCAAAUGUCAAACCAACAACCACAAUAUUUGAUUACAAUUGUACUGAAAAUACUAAUUACGAACUGGCAAUUGUCAAGAGUACCGUAUCAGGUUAUGGAAAUUACACAAUCAAUUUGAGAGUUUACAACAUGACAACCAACCAACUGCUGAUUUCGAGAAGUCAUCGAUUGAUUUUCAUUCCUGUCCUGACCAAAAUAUCCUUCACAGCAACCACUGUUACCACUUUCACAUCCAGUUCUCCUGAUUUCCCAUACAAACUUACUCUCAAUUUUCCUCAAUCUUCCUUCGCAGAUCCAUUGAGUAGUAUUUCAUGGAAAUGCACAGAUACUAUAGUUCCAGACACAAAGUGUGAUUCAGAUAUGGAUUCCAUAAUGUCUGCUGCUGCAAAUAGCACAGUAAUUAGCAUUCCAGCGAAUAUCUAUCUGAGAAGAAGUCGUUCAGUAAGAGUUCAUGCAUUUGUAAGUGUGGGAAAAUAUGUCUAUACUGCAUCUAAUUAUAUGGGAGCUUUUAAUGGAAUUGCUUACUCUGGAUGGACCGACUCGUCUGGAAUAAGUUGGGGUUAUUCAAGUGGUGUAGGUCAUUGGUUUGCAUUUGCAGCUGCCACAUCCUAUUCUCUCUACAUGCUAAAGCCACCAAAUUGGUUGGCAGUUUCUGGAGCUGGAGCUUUAACUGCAUUCGAUUAUUUGAAUAAUAAUCAGGCAAUUGGUUCUUAUUCUAAUUAUUUACAAUUGGACAAUUCGAAUAACAAUAGAGUUUUAAAAGUGAUUCCUGGAAGCAUUCCUUCAUCCAUUAAAAUCUUGAAAACUGUCAGAUCAUUGACAGAAGAUGGUGUGCCAAUGGAAUUGGAUAUGUACUUUGUGAAUGAGAACUUUAUACCUCCAACCAUAUCUUUCCAAACCAUUGAAAUGCAAAAUCAAACCAAUGGUUGGAUUUAUUUCAAGGUUCCAUUCUCAGUCAGUACUAGAUACCACAAUAAUUAUUACAUUUACUUUAAUCUGAAUGUUGGAACCAAUAUUUCAAUACAAAUAACUUCCAAAGAUUAUUUUCAACAAGUUGCAGAGUUUGCACUUCCACAGUUUUUGAGUCCGUUCACUAUUACCUAUUCACUUGAUUACUUUUCGUAUGAUGCAACAGGAAGUUCAAAAACUCUUUCGGUGGCUGGUACGUUAAUUUCCCUCCCAGCUCAACCACUCAAUUCCAACUUGAAUGCAAGAGCAUUUCAAUUGAGAAUGAAAUAUCAUGCUGAUAACGGAUUUGGUGGUGAUAUAACAUCAUUUAUUAGUAAUGCCAAUACUAAUUACAUUCCAGUUAUUCCAAUUUACUGA